UUAUGAUUAAAAUCGGACACACGCUUUUGCAAACCCAUGUGAGCUGCUGCCUUCUCUCCAACCAUUUCGAUGGCACCCAAAAGAUAUCGUAUAAAGCGCUUUCCCCACUCAUUGCUGUAUUACAAAUCAUCUUAGAAUUCGUCUACGCUCUCUGAUUUUCACUGCACUGUGUAAUGUGUUCCAAUCUUUGUAUUCUACAUAAGCGAAGCUCUUGUUUUUCAUUGGUUGCCUAGUGUUGGUGAUUUCUUAGGCUAGAAGGUUAGGUUCCUUAUGCCCAGAAUAUUUACAGUGCCUGGUUUUCUUGUAUUAUGUUUCAGGCAACAUUUAAGAUCUUGGUAUUGAAUUUCAAAAGAAUAGGGAGGGUUCUCGAGUCCUUGGGUUAGGUUUUUGUGAAUUCUCUUCAGAGUUGGUGUAGUGGGCUUUGAGUUCUACUUUUACAAAAGUUGUGUCAAUUUCUGUCCUCUAUUUUUCUUUCUUCUGUAUUUUAUAUUUAAGAAGUGGGAGAAUCUUGAGCUGAAUUGCGUCCAAGAUCAGUUACUUCUGGGGGAUGUGAAAUUCUUGUCAAAGAUGAAAUCUUUCAGUGGUGUAGGCAUUAGUUUGAGCCUGGUGUUUGGGUGCCUCCUCCUGGCUUUUGUCGCAGAGCUUUACUAUUUGUUGUGGUGGAGGAAGAAGAGAAUCACGAGCGCAGAGAUUGAGGAUGAUUACGGAAAAUAUGCAAAGGAACUCUUUCAAUUUAUCUGCUGGAAGAGACCCUCUUCUUUGCAAAACAGCAACACUCGAGAAUGUGUGAGAGACCAAGAUGCCACUGGUCAUGAACCAGACCCGGAGCUGGGUUCUAGCAAGGACUUUCUGCUCAAGUCCUGUGGGGAAGAAAGUGUGGAAUCUGAGCUCAUGAGGCUGCACAAUCUCGCAGGCCCUCCAAGAUUUCUCUUCACAAUCAAAGAGGAAACUAGGGAGGAUUUGGAGUCUGAUGAUAGAAGCAGAAAAGGGUCAAGAACAAGGAGCUUGAGUGAACUUAUCCUGACUGUUGACACCCCAUUCCUUACUCCUCUGGCUUCCCCACGAGUAAAGGCUCCUCCUUUGAACUCUUUGGAUUCUUACCACCACCAUGGAUUCAAUCCUCUCUUUGAAUCGUCAGCAGAGGCAGAAUUGAACAGGUUGAGAUCUUCACCCCCUCCAACGUUCAAGUUCUUGAGGGAUGCAGAGGAGAAACUUUAUAGAAGAUGGAAGGAAGAAGCGGAGAAAAAGGCACUUCAAAAUUCUGGGUCUGUUCAGGAUUCUGAGGCUUCACUUCCGUCCGAUUCGACAGUGGCGACAGAAGACAAGGAAGGAUCUUUUCUCAAAUUUAUUGCUGGGAAUAACGAAAAGAGGGAGCUUCAUCACAGUCUAUCACAAUAUCCUUCAAGUUCUUCUCAGGUACUUCCGCUGGCUUCUUCCCCUACAACAUUCAGACCACUUGAAAAGGCACCGAUGGUGUAUUAGACAUUUAAUUACCACGAAAAAUAUGUCUUUAUUAGUUCUUUAAUCUGUUUGUUAAUUUUUCUAAGAUGAUUAAUUCUGUAUUAAUCUAGAAAGGUUUUCUUUUUAAAGCUUUUUGGUUAUUAUUUCUUCUGCUGUGACUGUGUUUGUUUGGGAAAGGUAGCCAUGAUCAUCUGGUACAAUAUUUUUGUGCCCAUGUACUUUGAGAAUUCAAUGGCAAACUGACAUUUUCCUGCAAAA